UGAAACACCCGGACGAAAACAUCGAAAAAUAGAGCAGUAAUACUUGCACAGCAUGGAGGUUCUGUCAGAGGAGAACUCCUCAGACCUUUCAUCGGUGGACACCACAAGUAUGACAGACCUGGCCUCAGUGAACAUCGGCAGUACUGUUGGGGAUCUGUGUGAAGGAGAAAUAGGAGAGUCUAUAGUGCCCCCAGUCAAAGAGCCUGAGGAAAGUGGUAUAGGCAGUGACAGUGUGUGUGCCAUUAUCAAGAAAGAAGUACCUGGGGAAGAAACCUUACCCACCUCAGAAAAUGUUCUGCGGUUUGAGUCCGGCAUUGCUGAUGGUUACAUCAUAUUAUCUAGAGAAGCAGCAGCUUCUUUGGGUAUGAACUCAGCUACAGCUACUGUGGAGACAGAUGUCACUGAGCCUGCCAACAAACGAUUUAGGUUCCAGGGUGAGGAUGGACAAUCAUAUGUCCUGACUGUUGCAGACAGCACGACUGCAGAGAAUGCAGACAUUACACUGGACGACCAGCAGAAGAUUCAAGCCUCAGCUGCAGUUGAGCUGGAAGAACAACAGCUUCCUGUGGCAACAGCAAUGGCUACAGCUGUAACUGUUCCUUUGGUAACGACCACCCCAUCAGUAUCUGAGCAACUGUUGGGACCAAGUAACACGGGCAAGAAGUCACCGGGCAACUCUGAUGUAACACAGGCAUGGUUCACCACUCGGUUUGACAAGGUUGCCAUGCAGAGUAAAGGAGCCAGCUGGAAGCAAGGCCAAUGGACUAAAGAAGAGAUAGAUGUUUUACAGAGUAACAUUGAUGGAUAUUGUCGGGAACGUGGAAUAAAUGAACCUACUGAAAUCAUAUUUGGAAUGUCCAAAGAUGAAAGAAAAGACUUUUAUAGGACAGUUGCUAAAGGAUUGCAGCGUCCAUUGUUUUCUGUUUAUAGACGUGUUACCAGAAUGUAUGACCAGAAAAAUCACAUGGGCAAAUAUUCUCCUGAGGAAAUGGCAAAACUUAGGGAAUUACGUGGUAAAUAUGGCAAUGACUGGGCUUCCAUAGGGUCUGUGUUGGGAAGGAGUGCUUCAUCUGUCAAAGAUAAAUGUCGUCUAAUGAGGGAUACCUGUAAUUCAGGUAAAUGGUUGCCAGAAGAAGAACAUCGCCUUUCAUCAGCUGUUUAUGAACUUGCAGGUGUCAAACCAGGUGAGAAUGUCACCAGUGGACUUUCAUGGGCAUCUGUAGCAGAGAGAGUUCUCACACGCUCAGAGAAACAGUGUCGAACAAAGUGGUUAAACUUCCUCAACUGGAAACAGAAGGGUGGGACAGACUGGACAAGGGAGGAUGACAUCAAUCUUGUCCUUAAAAUUGCCAACUUGGGUGUGUCAGAUGACACAGAGAUUGACUGGACAGAGCUAGCCAAGAACUGGCCAAGUGUACGAUCUCCACAGUGGCUAAGAGGAAAGUGGUGGUCUCUCAAGAGGCAUGUUCCAGAUUAUCAGUUACUGUCAUUCUCAGAUCUGAUUAUAUUUCUUAAAAAUGUACAUUUACAAAAUGUACGGAUGAAGAAUCCUGUAACAUCGUCUGGUAUGCGACUUUCACACAUUGGUUUGCCCCGACCGGUAUCAGCCACAGAUAUGACAACACUACAAAUCCCCAUGUCUCUUAACUCUAACAUGCAUUCUCUUCCCAUACAGACUGCAGGUUCCCUAGACACAGGAUCUGCUGAAGGAGACACUGCUUUUCAGACAUUUGAGGUACUACAUCAGACAAGUUCUGGAACCUUCCUUAUCACACAGCCUCAAAAUAGUCCAGUUAUCUCCCUUAGUGGUGCUGCCAUGGGGACAGAUCACAUCAUUGUUCACACUCUACCAACAACCACGAUAAGAGGCAAUGAGAAUGUAACGGUGCAGAUGAACCCAACACCAGUUAUACUGAGUACUGGCUCUUCACAGGAUGGAGUGUCAGAGGUGGUGGCCACACUGGACGGUAGUGAGAUGACCAGCUCCAUACAGCUGACUGACACAAUCACAGAGUCAGAUCCAGAUCUGCAGACGUUAAGUCAGGAUGACCAGCUGCCAGGAGAUGAGGGUGAUAUCCCAGGGACUGGGCUAGACAGCAAUGACCAAUUGACCACUCGAGGUCAAAUUAUCUCAAAAAUAUUUGAAGCUGAGGAGACCAACAUAGGAAGCUCGACUGCAGACACAGUUGACCUGGUAAUGGUCAGUACGACCUCCCCGUCUUUUGUCCAGACCACCAGUAGUGAACUCAUGUCUUCUCUGUCAGAUCCCAUGUUACCUUCUGGAGGGUCCGACUUGAUUGGGUCGUCAUCUGACGUGGAAGGGGAGAAAACUCAUGGUCAGAUCUGUGAGACUGACACAGACAUCACUAGUUCUGACAUCAAUGGAGCCGACAGUUAACAUACUGCUCUAUUCUAGUGAAGUUCAUGUGAUAUUUAUUAAGAUAACGCUUUGAUGUUUCUUGAUACUAUUUUUUUUAAGAAAAUUUAUGGUUAAAUCAUAUACCGGUUAAACGUGUGUUAAUCCACUUUGUUGAAUUUGACCUGUUGAAAAACUUGUGAGUAUGAUGACAUUGAAUAGAGGAACAUUUUUGAGAUUUGUUUUAGGGAUAAACUCUUUUUAAAUGUUAUCUGAAUUUACCAAACUUAUGUAUGAAUGAUCUGAGAGUUUAUAUCAGUCUUUUUUGUCAUACCUCAUCCUCCCUAAAGCAUGUCAGAUUCCAGAUGGUAUUGGGUAUGUGAGCUUGUCAUAGGGGAUUGCAAUAGCUCAAUAUGUAAAGCAAUGGUCUGCAUAACCUCAGGUGAAGAUUGGAGGUGUGUAGUUUGACAGUUUCCUAACUAUGGGGGUUGGAGUUUCUAAGGAAUCUGAGGAACAGACCAGUCUACAAUGUCAGGUUUGUGUCCAAGGUCAGAACACUGCACCCCAUUUGUUCUUGAUGGCAUGCCGUUGGCAUUCCUUGUGUUGUUAGUUGAGGAAGCCAGCAGCUACUAAAAGGAGGCCCUGCUUCAAAUGACCUGUUCACAGAGCAAUGAACCCAGCAAGCAUUCAUCUCUGGACAAUAGCAUUGAGGGGUACAUGUACAUGCUUGAGCUGUGAUAUUUAGCACUUUGAGAUGAUUACCUUGAGAUUUAGACUUUGUUAUUUUAUUGUUUCGACAGAGAUGAAUACAAUAAAGCCUGUUAUCAGAAUAAAUAAGAUUCUGUAAUAAAAAGAUACAAACCAUGACAUAAUCAGUUGUUGCUACUCUUUCUAAAUCUUCACCCAAACUGUGAUAUUUACCUCUCGCUCGGCUUCACAUAAUCAUUUUUUCACAUUGCACCUCUUCAAAAAAUACUAAUUACUAAUAUCCCUAUUGGCACAUCAAAUUAUAUGACUUAGAAAUACUGCUUGAAUGUUAUUGAAGAAAUACAGACCCUCCUAACUAAAGAAGAAAUGUAUUUUUCAUUGAAUUAUAUACAUAAACUAGAUGUAAAAAAGUUGUGUAAAUGUAUAUAUUUUAGAAGUAAUCUUACUUUAGCACUUUUCGCACAGAAAGUAUGGUGCUCCAUUGCCGUAAUUGUCACUUCUGUAUGUUGUAUAUAUAUAGCAGUUAUUACUGAUGCAUGAAUUCAACAUUACACUAAUUUGUCAAAAAGUAUUAGUGAUCAAAUUUAAUAACCAUUAAUUUAGUACAUUUACCUUAACACAAAACCAUUCCUUUAAAUUUGAAAAGCAAAAUUUUUGGCACUUUGUAAGAAAUGUUAAGGAUUGGCAGGGUAAAGGAGCUAGACAGUUUAAUAUAAGUUGGGGGUCAGUCUUUCUGAUGGCAUAUUUCCCAGUAUUGCUAUAGCUUGCAUUGUAGGAAGUCCAUUCCAUUAUGUUUUUCUAGGAGAAAAGAAACUCAAGUGAUUUCAUCUAGGGUGCUACUUGUGAAAGAGUUUUGCCUAUAUGAAUGCUUACACAUGAAUAUAAUAAUAUACUUGUACAUGUAACUUAUUUCCCUUAUUUAUAUAUCCGUAAAAUUCACCUGUAUUUUUAUUUGUGUGAUACAAAUUUUUGCUCAAUUUUGU